AUGGGCUCCAACUCGACACUGUUCCGCCACGACAAGAUCUCUGUGGUGGAGAAACAGUUCAUUUGGGCACUCGGUAUCGACGAGACCUGGAUCUAUGCCCAACCAAUCGGGCACAUCCGCCAGAAGCUGAACGAAAUUCUUCCUAUGAUGGACGCGGUGUCACGCACAAAGCCGAUGCGCAAGCGCUUUUUCAAGGUGGCCAACCUAAUGACCAACAGAGUGGUCUCCUACGACCAAGGUCAGUCGCUUUAUUGCAACGAGGAGCCAAUGCUGAGCUGGGUAAACAACACCAUCGCAAAGUCAGCCAAGCCGGUCCCUCUGAUCGAACAAGUUCGGAUCUUCAGAAGAAAGCCAGUCGACGCACCUACAUCUAUGCCGACUUAG